UUUAGAGCUUGGUAUCUACGCUUUCAGGCUUUAUUUUUCUUAAGUGCAACACACACAGGCACACAUUUUUAAAAACAGAAAUAAUGUGAUCAUACUAUACAUGCUUUUUUAAAAACAGAAAUGUGAGCAUAAUAUACAUGCUUUUUUAUAGCUGGCUUUAAAAAACUUAAACAAUAGGUUGUUUACAUCUUUCUGUUAAGCUUGGACUGGGGACAUUUUUAAAUGGCCCCAUUGUAUUUGGACGUAUGUGCGUUUCCCAUCGCUUGUUAAAUCACCCCUCUGUUGUUGGACAUCUAGGAUGUUUCCAAUUAUUCACUGUUAUAUUAUGGACAACAUUGUCAUAAUCAUCCCUAAGUGAGUUAUAUUUAAAGUCUUACAACAGUGCCUGGCACGGGGUAGGUGCUAUAAAGUAUUUGGACUAAAGUCAAAUCUGUGCACACACUUUCCUUGUGUCGUUUCCCCAGGAUCGAUUCCAGCAGGAGGACAGCUGGGCUGAGGGGGCACUGCCCACGUCAGGAAGGUUGCCCCUGUGGCCUGCCUCUGACUGAGGAGGAGCCACCCUUGGGGACGGGCGUGGACCCCGAGCCGCCGGCGUGGGAACCCCCUUUGCUUCGGGGCAACACGGGAGGGCCUGGAUCUCCGACCCACCGUCCUGGGUCUGAAUCCAGCUCCGGGACCUGACAGGGAUGUGAUUGUGGGGCAGCCGCAUGGCCUCUUGGUGCUCCAGCCUCCUCCCCUGUGACAUAGAGGCAGCGAUGGUUGGUAACCAGGGACAGCGGGCGGCUCCGUCACAAGAGUCAAGAUGUGUGACCCUUGGAGGGUUGUUGCAUCACCCUGGACGUUUGGCCAUGGUUUUAAUCGGGACAGUUUUUUGCUUGCUCUAACUUAUGAGGGUGGCCAGAUCUAGGCAGAGAGCAGAUGUAACCCGAAGCCCUGGCCUGCCCCGUGCCAGCGUCUGACAUGUUAUCAUCGGCGUUCACUCUGUGGGCUCCUCUCGGGGUGGUGCCUGCUGGUCUCAGUUUUGGGGUGAAGUGACAUUUGGCCUUGACUAGAAGAGGCAGGUUGUGGGGGGCAGACAGGGUGCAGUCGAGGGAACUGAGGCAGAGCGGGCUGCGAGCAGAGGGGAUGUAGGGUCCUCCCAGGCUGACCCCCAGAACCUGGGUGUGCAGGCCUGCUCUGGGGUCCAGGCUCCGAUGCAGCCUCAGCGCAGGCCCUGGUGGCGGGAGACAGGGCAGGGCAGGAGCUUCAGGCCACCCGCACCGGCAGCCCUCAAGGCUGCUUUGAUGGAAUCGGACCCAGACGGACUCUAAGUGCCCUCCUGCUUGGAAACCCUGUCAGACCCUGCAUUUUCUACAGAGUGGCUAAGUUACACGGCUUUUCCGGAGGGUGAUUAUGGACUGCAUCUGAGAUUGACGGGCCAGGUGAGCUCACGUGCUUGCCCUUCACACAGGAAUGCUGCUGGUCUCCCGUGUCUGGUUCCCGUCUGCAUUUUCAGUCCUCACAGUUGAGUGGGUGCAAAUCCUUUCUAUCACCUGACAUUUAAAAUAGAUACCCUCAGAGUGGAAGUUCGUUCCCAUUAUUGACCCGCUCGCUCUGCAAUCCUGAAGGGGGUUCUCCAAGCAGGAGGGAAAGCCGGCCAGAACGCGGUCCUGGAGCAGCCAGGAAGCCGAGGGGGCGGUGAGGGCAGGGAUGGCCCAGCCGUGGCCUCUGCCGCGCGCUGGUUUUCACGUGAGACUGCCGCCGGGCCAACCCGGAGCCCAGGCCGCCUCUGCAUCUGAAUAGAGCCAAGCUGCCGCCAGGAUCUCACCUGCGUGGCUGUGUGCAGAGCUGCGGGCCCCUUCCCCACCGAGAAGCGUCUGUUCGCGCCCUGCAGGGAGCCGGGCUGGGGGCGCAGAGGAUGCCUCUGUGCUUGGCCUUAAUGUGCACAGGGAGAGCUUGGGCGAUCCUGGCUCAAGGGCUCUGCUUGGAAACAGCUCGGGGAAAUGGUUCCUCCCCCUGGAUGUAGUCACAGCGUGGUAAAUUCCAUCUGAAAAAUAAAAGCCGACCUCUUUGCUGAGUCAUAGAAGCUCGGAGCUGAUUUGCGCAAAAGCCGGACUGAGUCUUAGACGAGCCGGGAAAGAUUCUCACAGUCGAGCAGAGCGAUGGGAGAGAGGAGCAGACAGCGAGCUUUGGAAUGUGAAUGAGAAGAUGUAGUGCGACAGCAGCCCGGGUGACACCUGCUGGGAGCUUGGCGUGGACACCCCAGCCACCCCCAGCCCAGCCCAGCCCAGCCGGAGCACCCUACCCCUGGGCAUCCCCCCGGCCAUCCAGCCUCACCAUGUCCAAGAGGGGCAUGGGCAGCCGGGCCAAGGGGGACAAGGCAGAGGCCCUCGCGGCGCUGCAGGCGGCCAACGAGGAUCUUCGAGCCAAGCUCACAGACAUCCAGAUCGAGCUGCAGCAAGAGAAGAGCAAGGUCAGCAAAGUGGAACGCGAGAAGAACCAGGAGCUGCGGCAGGUGCGCGAGCAUGAGCAGCAUAAGACUGCGGUCUUGCUCACGGAGCUCAAGACAAAGCUGCACGAGGAGAAGAUGAAGGAGCUACAGGCUGUGCGUGAGACGCUGCUGCGGCAGCACGAGGCCGAGCUGCUCAGGGUCAUCAAGAUCAAGGACAACGAGAACCAGCGGCUGCAGGCACUGCUCAGUGCCCUGCGUGACGGCGGCCCCGAAAAGGUCAAGACCGUGCUGCUGUCCGAGGCCAAGGAGGAGGCCAAGAAGGGGUUCGAGGUGGAGAAGGUCAAGAUGCAGCAGGAGAUCUCCGAGCUCAAGGGCGCCAAGAGGCAGGUGGAGGAGGCGCUGACGCUGGUGAUCCAGGCAGACAAGAUCAAGGCCGCGGAGAUCCGCAGCGUGUACCACCUGCACCAGGAGGAGAUCACCCGCAUCAAGAAGGAGUGCGAGCGGGAGAUCCGCAGGCUGAUGGAGGAGAUAAAAUUUAAAGACAGAGCAGUCUUCGUGCUGGAGAGAGAGUUAGGGGUUCAAGCCGGGCAUGCUCAGAGACUGCAGCUCCAAAAAGAGGCUCUAGAUGAGCAGCUGUCCCAGGUCCGAGAGGCCGACCGGCACCCGGGCAGCCCCAGACGGGAACUUCCUCAUGCAGCUGGUGCAGGAGACGCUUCAGACCACUCAGGAAGCCCUGAACAGCAGUUGGAUGAAAAAGAUGCCCGGCGCUUCCAGCUUAAAAUCGCAGAGUUAAGUGCGAUUAUCCGCAAACUGGAGGACCGCAACGCCUUGCUGUCGGAAGAGAGGAACGAGCUGUUAAAGCGUGUAAGAGAAGCCGAGAGUCAGUACAAGCCUCUGCUGGAUAAAAACAAGCGCCUCAGUCGGAAGAACGAGGAUUUGUCUCACGCUUUACGCCGAAUGGAAAACAAGUUAAAAUUCGUCACCCAGGAGAACAUAGAAAUGAGGCAGAGAGCCGGAAUCAUACGGAGACCCAGUUCCUUGAACGACCUUGAUCAAAGUCAGGAUGAGAGAGAAGUCGAUUUCUUGAAGCUUCAGAUUGUGGAGCAGCAAAACCUCAUAGAUGAACUGUCCAAGACCCUUGAGACUGCCGGCUACGUGAAGAGCGUGUUAGAGCGGGACAAGCUGUUAAGAUUCCGGAAGCAAAGAAAGAAAAUGGCAAAACUUCCCAAGCCGGUGGUUGUGGAGACAUUCUUUGGAUACGAUGAAGAGGCUUCCCUGGAAUCCGACGGUUCCUCCAUCUCUUACCAAACAGACAGGACGGACCAGACCCCGUGCACCCCGGAUGAUGACUUGGAGGAGGGCAUGGCCAAGGAGGAGACGGAGCUGAGGUUCCGGCAGCUGACCAUGGAGUACCAGGCCCUGCAGCGCGCCUACGCCUUGUUGCAGGAGCAGGUUGGAGGGACGCUAGACGCAGAGCGAGAAGUUAAGACCCGUGAGCAGCUACAAGCCGAAGUGCAGAGGGCGCAGGCGCGGAUAGAGGACCUGGAGAAGGCCCUGGCAGAGCAGGGGCAGGACAUGAAGUGGAUUGAAGAGAAGCAGGCGCUGUACCGGAGAAAUCAAGAGCUUGUGGAAAAGAUCAAACAAAUGGAGACGGAAGAGGCUCGGCUCAGACACGAGGUGCAGGAUGCCAGAGACCAAAACGAGCUGCUGGAGUUCAGGAUCCUGGAGCUUGAGGAGAGGGAGAGGAAGUCACCCGCCAUCAACUUCCACCACACGCCCUUCGUGGACGGGAAGAGCCCCCUCCAGGUGUACUGUGAGGCCGAAGGCGUGACGGACAUUGUGGUCGCGGAGCUGAUGAAGAAGCUGGACAUCCUGGGCGAUAACGCCGUAAGUAACCUGACCAAUGAGGAGCAGGUGGUUGUCAUACAAGCCAGGACAGUCCUGACCUUGGCCGAAAAGUGGCUCCAGCAGAUUGAGGAGACAGAGGUGGCGCUGCAGCGGAAGAUGGUGGAUCUGGAGAGCGAGAAGGAGCUGUUCAGUAAGCAGAAGGGCUACCUGGACGAGGAGCUGGACUACCGGAAACAGGCCUUGGACCAGGCCAACAAGCACAUCCUGCAGCUGGAAGCCAUGCUGUAUGAUGCCCUGCAGCAGGAGGCCGGGGCUAAGGUGGCUGAGCUGCUGUCAGAGGAGGAGCGUGAGAAGCUCAAGGUGGCCAUGGAGCAGUGGAAGCGCCAGGUCAUGAGUGAGCUGCGCGAGCGGGACGCCCAGAUCCUGCGGGAGCGCAUGGAGCUGCUGCAGCUGGCCCAGCAGAGAAUUAAAGAGUUAGAAGAAAGAAUAGAAGCUCAGAAGAGACAAAUAAAGGAACUGGAGGAAAAGCUUUCAUUCUCUGGUCAUAGUCCGUCUUGGCACCCUGACGUGCCCCACAUUGAAUCGGACCCUUUUCCUCCAGUGGGACCAGAGAGCAGGGACAAAAUGGGACGUCGCGUCUCCAUCCUGAAGACCCAGGGGGAUUUGAUCUCUGCACGCCCGUCCCGUGGAGGAAGAGUGAGAAGUGGCAGCGUGUGGGGCGCGGAGCUGCUGUCCACGUGGGAUGUGCCAGAACUAGAACUGGCUCUGCUGACUUCUCGGGGGCUUCUCCGGGAGAGGCCCGGCCUUGGCUGCUGGACCCUGGGUCCCUUCUCCCAGACGGCAGCCCCCAUCCCAGUUCCAGGGAUGUGUAGCAUUCCCUGCCAAGCAGGGGUGAGAACUGCUUCGGUGCGGAAGCACCAGCCGCGGGUCCCCUCCUCUCUCUUGGUUCUCACAGUAGCUGCCACUGGUGUCUGGAGGAGGAUUUUCAGAAACAACAGAGGCUUGGCCCGAUGACAAGAUGAAAGCUGGACGGUGACCUUCAUUCAGGGGAACCUGGAGGCUCCCUGGGAUGGUCCUGGGAGGGCUCCCCGAUGCCUCAGGGGCCCCUCCGAUGCUGCAGUGUGUUGCUGGGGUCCUGAGCACCCGCUGGCCAACAGACCCCACAUCCACCCUCAUUCAUCGUCAUCUCUGUGGGGACAGACAAGAGCCGUGGCCGCCGCGGGCCGCGUGGUGCCAUCAACCCUCUGCCUCCCUACUCAGUCUGAGACAGGAAGGCCAAGAUCCCGCCCGAGCCGCCAGCUGGGAGCACCGUGGGACUGAGCCAAGGAAAGUAUGGGGAGUGUGGUGACAGGAGGUGGGACGAGGGGGCGGAGCUGGCUGGAACUCGGAUGCCACAGGCUGCCUCCGCAGUGCAUCUCCAGAAGUCACAGAGGCCCUGGGCACCCAGAGUCACCCGGCCUGGAAGCCCCUGCACGGGCCAGCCCUGCAGGCCAUGGACCCCGGCGGGCACCGAAGCCUCACCCCAAGCCUUCGCAUACGAGGAGCAGCCCAGGUGGGGACGGCGGGCGCAAGAAGGGAGCCGCGGGAACGGCCUUUUCCCUCUCGCCCUGUGUGGGGACGCUGCACGAGCUGUGGACCAAGAGGCUGACAGAGAGGAAGCAGUGCAUUGGUGAAGGCAACAUUAGGUGUGAUUUCCAUUCCUGCUGGGAGACCCAGGCCGCAGCCCGGGAGCUUCGUCCAGUCUGUGGAUGGAGCCUGACUGGCUGCAGAUGGAACUUCUGUGUCCUCCCACCCUUGGUGGUCUAAGUAUUGCUCUCAGAGCUGAAUUGACAGGAGGUGUGUGUGCACUCACCUGUGUGCACAUGCAUGUGUUUGUGCAUGUUUUCACUCAACCAGAAGAGCAAUUCGUGGGAUUUAGCCAUUUUGAGGCACCUAGAAGUGGAGGCAGUUAGAUGUGCAGCCAGGUGUGAAUGUUACAUGCAGCAUUGUAUAAAAGAAGCGACUCAGCUGCUGUAGGGAGGACCGGGUUGUCUGGAAGUAUUAGGUUCAUUUUAUAUUUGUGUCAGAAGAAAUGUCUGACUUUGGGGCAGAUGACACAGUGGCUGCAGACCAGGCAUGGCUCCCUAGGUUGAAAUCGGGGAAAAGCUAAUAGUAUCAGACAGAUAUGCUUUUUCUUUGGUGGCUGCAGGAUUUCUGCUGGAAAAUGCACUAUUAAUCAGCAUUUGUCCAAGAAAGACCCAUCCGUUUCUGUUGUCAUUCAAGCCACAGUUCCUGAUUUACUCAGCAAGAUACUGGGCCAGUUCAAUGUCUCUAGCUGAGCCUGACCUCGGGGUUUGCGUCUCAAGUCUGAAAUCUUGUUUAGUCCUCUGUGCAUAGUUUUGUCUCAUUUUAACGACUGCAUCUUCUUGGUACAUUUAUUAUACUCAGAACUGAAUGGCACACAAUAGCCUUGUGUUAAUAAAAGCUACCGUGGCGCUAUGGGUGAACCUCUGGGUUGAAGUGCGAUGGACUCUACGAUGCAGGCAUCCAGAAAAAUGUUGUAACUCUACCUGGCUCCCUGCCAGCCUGGCCUCCUCCUCUGGGAGAGCUCCUGGCAUGGUCCCAAUGUGUACCUGCAUGGGUCAGCUGUUUUGGAUCUAAAGAUGUGCAGUGAAACUCAGAUUCCCAGAUUCACAUCCCUCAUGUUUAUUUGGGUCAUCAUGGUUUAGCCUGUUGUAUAUAUGUCUGGAGCACUUCAUACACCUCUAUCCACCACAGACACUCUUAAUCACAGUUCUGUAAUAAUAAGGCAAACUAUACAGCAAAGAGAAGCAUGUAAAUAUGUACCAAAUUCUUAUGAAGUUGUAAUUGUUUAUAUGUAAAAAGUAUGUAUAUAGGAAAGGGAGAAGGUGCAAGGAACGUGCUGAAUAACAUCCAAACUGCAUUGCGUCUCUGCCCCAUUCCUGAAAGCACACAUCUAGUUGGAGCAUCAGUUCCUCUCCUUAGAUAUCAUUGUUUUCACUCAUCUAUCAUAGGCACCUUCUUUACAUCUGAUUACAAUACCCAGCAUUUCAGAACUGGGUUUUUGCCCCCAAAAAGGUAAAUAUGAGCAUUUAUCACUGACUCUUCCUGGUCCAGUGAGCAGCAGCAGAAUUCAAGUAUUUAAAAAUAAGGUGCAUUUCUAAAUUGCAGGCUAUACCUUCUUUUCCAAACCAAUGGGCUAGAGUGAAUUUCCUCCAAGUACUUGGGCUGUCUUACUGCUAGCUCUUCUAACAGGGGAAGUCUGUAUAAAUGCAUCACCCCCUAAUAAGGCAAGAGGAAGGACCCUGAAAUGUUGCCAGAAAUGUUUACUGUGUAACUAGGACAUCAGCAUUUACAUUAUAUUGUAUUAACAUCAUCACAGUCUGUGUUCAACACACAGAACAACAUAGAUACUUUAGUUUGUCUAAGGUAAAAAUCCACAUAAAUAGCAGAUUCCUUUGUUGAUACCAGUGUGGUGUUUACCUUGUGCCCAUGGUCUACAUUUUGAGCUGGAGAAGGACUAUGGCUGUUCCUUAAAGUCUCUGCCCUCGCAGAAUCUGUAGCCUUCAGGAUACCCCGAGUGCCUUACAGGGCUUGUGAACACCGGUACUAGAAGUCAAAAAGAAGAGAUGCCCAAGUGUGGGUUUGGAGGCACUGACGCAUUCACCAACUCACCGUCAUCCCAUCCUUGAAACCCUGAGAGAAUGUGUGUUUUAUCACAGUAAUGGAAUUAAGGUUAGGCUCAGGAAACUCAUAUUGUGAAUAUAGGUAUCAAAUCAUAUAUUUGUUUACUGUAUAUUUUUUAAAAAGCUUUAUUGUAAAUUUAUGCAAAAACUAACUGGGCCUGUUUUCUUACGGCGGCAUGCUGGGUAGUGUGUGUAUUCUCCCAGGCACUCCCUUCAUAGUCACCCUCUAACCACGUGACAUUCUGUUCCGUGCUAAGCAGUAUUCACAGGCCUAACAUAGGUUUGUAUGGUGAUCUACAAGAUUUUACAAAUAUUUUUGUAUUGUGAUUCCUAUGAUAUAUACCAGAGAAUUUUUUACUCAUUUGUAAAUUAUUGUACAGUUUUAAUAAAAAAUGUUUUAAGUCUUAGACGAUUAAA